GUGUCCCCCAACCCGGCGAGGGUUGACACAGCAUGCUUAAUAAGUCAACAGAAUUCAGAAACCACCACCGGAUUAAGAAGGCGGUUUUAUUUUGGUGCCCUGGACUUCAAGCAGAUUAAACAAUCAAAAAGACAGAGGCAUCGGGGUCAUGUUUGAACGCUACAGCUGUUCACGGAGGUUUGACAAACAUUCUUUCUGGGGCUCGUCGCCUGAAUGGGAAAGGCAACGAUGAUCUUGGGGAGGCUGACACUUUAAGAAAGAAGAGGGGGCACAAUCGAAAGAUCCUCUUAUGGAAAACCAUCCGAGUCAGAUGGAGACAGGGGCAGGAUUGCUUAAAUACGUGAUCCCUGAAAGUGACAACGGUGUUCUGCAUGGAAGAAAAGCACAAGCUUUUCUGUCCUGAAAAAGUGAAUGACAAGCUGGAUUCUGAGCUCGCCAUGCCCUCAGCGUGUGGAUCUGCAGAUUCAUAAAGGUGGGCUACGGGAUCCAUGAGGAAGCCUGUGGAGACUCAGCCAUGAAAGGUGAACUGCUUCUGCUUUCAGGCGUGAUCGUCCUGCUCCGGCUGGUGGGUGGCUGCCCAGAGAUGUGCCGCUGUCACUCGUCUUCACAUUCUGUAGACUGCCGCCGGCAGGGGCUGGCUGAAGUCCCUCUGGAUUUGCCUCCGCAGACUCUAACGCUGCACUUGCAAGAUAACCAGAUACGCCAGCUUCCUGCGUUCGCAUUUAGGGCUGUGCCACAGCUCAGGACCCUGAACUUGUGGAACAAUUCCCUCUCGCACCUGGCCCCCGGGGUUUUCCAUGGACUCCAGCACUUGCAGGUCUUAAACCUAACCCAGAACUCCCUGCAUUCUCUGGAAAGCAGGCUUUUCCACUCCCUCCCACAGCUGAGGGAGCUUGAUUUGUCAUCAAACAACAUAAGCCACCUUCCCACAUCCCUGGGGAGGCCUUGGGAGAACCUGACCGUAUUUGCAGUUCAACAAAACCAGCUUCAGCAGCUUGAUCGAGCGCUCCUGGAAUCCAUGCCCAGUGUGAGGCUUUUGUUUCUCAAGGACAACCUCUGGAAAUGCAAUUGCCACUUGCUCAGUCUUAAACUCUGGCUGGAGACAUUUAUCUAUAAAGGGGGAGUAACAGACGGUGUCAUCUGUGCGUCUCCAGACACCUGGAAAGGAGAGGACCUCCUGAAGAUCCCUCAUGAGCUCUACCAGCCCUGCCCUUUCCCGUCUCUGGAUGUGGGGUCCUCCAGGGGGCAGCAGCUGGGUUCUGCCCACCGGCCUGCCCCUGGGCCUCCUGAGAGCCACAGCGCCAGGGAGCGAGACCCCUCGGAGUGUGAGCUCAAACCCAAGCCGAGGCCGGCCAACCUGCGCCACACGGUGGCCACCAUCAUCACCACCGGGGUUGUGUGCGGGAUCGUGUGUCUCAUGAUGCUGACGGCUGCCGUCUACGGCUGCACCUACGCGGCUGUCACAGCCCAGCACCACGGGGGACGCCCGGCUCGGACCAAUGAGCCGGGGAAGAUGGAAGGAAAGGAGCUGUGUGACAGCUCACCAGCCUGAGAGCCUCCAUCGCAGAAAGGAAGAAUCAUCUUAGGCCAGAGAAAGUGUCCGAUGCAUUCACUGCUAAGGUCUCAUCUUGCUAAAAAACAAAGCAAAACCAAAACCAAAACCUGUCCACAUAAAUAUUCCCCGGGGGAAAAAUAUCAUGUUGAGAUUUUAAAAAUACUGCAUUUGAAAUAGAGACGACACUUGUGCUCUGUG